UGCGUUCCUCAUGCUGCUGUUGAACGCCUGUAGAAGAUCCGGACGAACACUAUUGCCUUCGGGUACGGUGCUUAGUAGAUUCAACUUAGACACAACGAGAGGAUAUCAUGGCACCUUCAGCUGUUGAGGUGGCUCCCCAGCUUGACAUCACCUCGGCUGAUACGAGUAAGGUUGGAGUGCCCCCGGGACUGAGACUAGUCGCACCCGAGAAUCUCGACCUGCGCAGCGACGACGAGAUUGCAGCAUGGCUGCGGACUCGUCACCCCGUCACAUCCGAGAAGAAUGUCUGGGCAUUCUGGCAUUCGGGGUACAGUCAGAUGCCCCCUUGGGUCCAAAGGAACAUCAUCAACUGGGUCCGCAAACUAGGACCAAGCUGGACGGUUCACCUAGUUGAUCGCGUGCCUGGAUCCGAAACCAACAUCAGUCACUUCGUGGACAGCUCGUUCUUCCCUGAUGCGUUCAACAAUAACACUAUGGACGGCCCGACUGUCGGCCCGCAUACCGGAGAUCUUGUUCGACUCCCGUUGAUCUGGCUUUACGGCGGGAUCUGGAUCGACGCAGGGUCAUUCCUAUUCAGACAUGUCGACGAUAUUUGCUGGAAGAAGAUCGAAGAUCCCGAGUCGCCGUACGAGAUGGCCGGGUUUGCCAUCGAGAUGCGUCCGGGGGUCCAGAUCAUGUUGAACGGCUUCAUCGCUGCCAAUCGCGGCAACCCAUUCAUCAAGCGCUGGCAUGAAAUAUUCAAGGCGCUAUGGGACGGGACUACCAAUUGCCAUGGCUUCCAUAAGCAUCGUCUGCUUCGACAUCUCCCUCUGCUCUGCCCGCCUACCACCAAUUUGAAUCUGCCAGGGGACGGCCUCAACGUCAUGAUGGAGACGUUCACCGACUACCUCUCCCAAUGCAUGUGUUUUGAGAGGCUGCGCAAGCUUGUCGACCCUUCCGAUGGGUUCAAUGGGCCCGAGUACUUUUCGAACAAGAUUUUCGUCUGCUCCGCGCUGCAGGAGACAUUCUACUUCCAACAGGUCACGCAGUGGUCGGGCACGCGGCAGUUCGAACUGCUAACAACGAAGAGAACAGGGGAGGGGGUGGUGAAGGACGAGAAGUGGCACGCAGCUGAAGACUUCGUUCACGACGCGCUUGCCAACACAGCCAUCAUGAAGCUGUCGCAUGGUCCCCCCGGCGCGCUGGACUCGUUCCUCGCAGACCUCUGGGAUUCCGAAGAGCACCACCACAAGGAUCAGGAAGAGGGCACCUUUGCAGCGUAUCUACGCUAUGGGAGUGUCCACUUUGACCAGACGCGAGAGAUGGUGCAAAUCAAGGUGGGAUGGCCUAACGAAGAAGUGCUGUACGCUGGUGUUCUCGAGCCCAAGAAGAUGGAUAGCGACGCCUCGUGAUAAGCGCUAUUAUAUGUAGCAACAUCUUGAAGCAAUACAAUAUCUCGGAGGAUAGUGAGGAGGUCUUUAAACACAAGAGUUAUUCAGAAUAUAGACGCUUGCGCACUAGUGCUAGUAAUAGUGUGUUGCGUAAAACGUAGACGCCUACAUUACGCUUUUGCGGUAUGUAGGCAUAUAAGGGCUGGUUCAAUUGCUACGUGACAUAAUGAAACAUUC